UCCCACGCAACAGUAUUUUACAUCGACAUCGUCAAGCCGCACGUGAGGAUGACCGGGCGGAGAGGUGUUUUCAUCAUCCGCGCGCUGGCGUUUUCAAGCGGCACCGUGAUGACCCUCUUAGCGAUUGCGGCGCCGCACAUUGGAACGGCUGCGCGGCUUUUCGUUUCCUUUUACUCCACUGCCUCGGGUCCAUUCGCUGGGCUCGUUCUUCUGGCCAUCUCCUCGCCCUGGGUCAACGCAAAGGGCGCAGCUUGGGGCACCGUACUGGUCUGCGUGCUGCAGAUGUGGCACGCAAUAGGAAGGAGUCUGGCGUCAGUUGCAACACCUCGCCUCAUGACUCGAACGUUGGACCGAUGCCCGCUGUCAAUAAAUGCCUCUUGUGAAGCGACAAACCACACAGUGUUACCGUCUGAAAGGGCACCUGUGUUUUUUCUGUACCAAGCCACUUUCUAUUGGAUGUCCUUCUUUGGGUUUGUGCUCACACUUCUCCUCGGAACUGUCCUUAGCCUAGCGACAGGUGGUGACAAAACUGCUAGGAACAAUGUGUCACUCACAAGCCCUUUAUUCGUGAAGUUAUGGGCACGGUUCAAGUUUUUUCGCCAUAUGCUGAAGCUUGCCGACGACAAGGUGGAGAACGACGCACACGCGUUGCAACAGCGAGAGGUAGAAGAAGAAAACACCGAGACUUCGCCGAUGUGCGAAGGAGAAGAUCUCUCGCAAAGCUUCGCUUCACAAAAAGCUCCGAGCGCCAUUAAUUCGAAACUAGCAUUAAUACGAUAAAAUGCCAUAGUCAACCACUAUUUACGCUUAAAGAGACCAUGGAUCAUUCAGCGAAAUGCAGCAACUGACCACUUC